CGCACCCAAUCAAUGCACAGGCCAGGGGAUUAGUUCCCUGACGCUUUCCUAGGUGACGCUUCCGGCAUUCUCUCAUGGAUUCCUCCUCGUUGUGAGCUCAGCCUGCGAAAACGUUGGCGUGACGGUGAAUCCCGUUCGCUAACUUCGAGUCUUUCUCUGCGGCCUUUGUCACUUUCGUUGAAUCGAGCGUGUGUUGUCAUUUUUUUAAUUAUCAAGUCGAACGUGUGACUUCUAAUUUACGUGGAAGUGAAUACGUAGACUCAUCAUGGGAACCGAUGAGGAUAGAGAGAGAUCGAGAACAAAGUCGAAGCACAGGAAAGAAAAGGAAGAGGGACAUUCCGACAGAAAAUCCAAGCACAGGCACCACCGCAGUUCAAAAUCCAAGGAGAAGAGUAGGGCUCGGUCCAAGGAAUAUGAAAAGAAGAAACACAAGAGCCGGAAGCAAAAGUCUUCAUCCUCUGACCGUGGCCACAGGUCGACGUCUUCGGAAUCAUCAUCCUCGGACUCCACGAGUCCUGCUGUUGCUGCUGCGAAUGCUGAGUUGCAGUUACUCCAGAGACUAGAAGAGGAGAGGAGACGAGUGAAAGAGGAACAGAGGCGUAAGAAAGAGCGUAUGAAGGCCAUGGAGACCCCAGAACAGAAGCGUAUCCGAAGACUUCUUAAGAAGGAGGCAAAGGAGCGUAAAAGAAAGGAGCAAAUGGGGUGGGACACUGAUUACCUUCAUUACACUAAUGCAGACAAUCCAUUUGGUGACAACAACCUCCUCCAAUCCUUUGUGUGGGGCAAAAAAUUGGAAAAAGAAGGACUGAGUUUAGACAGUAUAUCACAUGAAGAGUUGGAGAAGCGGAAUCGGCAGAAGAUGGAGGAAAACAAGCAAGAACUGGAAAAGGUGAAGCUGAGACGAAUAGCAAUGGAAGCAGAGAAGGCAGCCAGGGAGGAUGAAGCCUCCCUUGUGCAGCGCCAAAGGGAAGCUGCUCAGUUUAAAGCCUGGGAGCAACAGGAAGAUGAAUUCCACCUGAAUCAGGCCAGACUUCGCUCCAAGAUCCGUAUUCAGGAUGGACGAGCAAAACCCAUUGACCUCUUGGCCAAGUACGUCAGCUCAGAGGAAGACAUGGAUGCUGUUGAAAUGCAUGAGCCCUACAUUUACCUCACAGGCCUUGGCAUCAGUGAUCUAGAGGAUCUGAUUGAAGAUAUCAAGGUAUACAAAGAGCUGGAGAGGGGGAAUAAUCUAGACUUUUGGACAGACAUGACCAUUAUAGUGGUGGAUGAGUUGCUGAAAUUGCAAAAACUGGAAGCUCAGUCGAAGGGGGACCUGUUGGGAGAGAGGAGAGAGGGAAUUCAUCAAGCAGUGAGUGGUGAUGUGGCUAAUGUCUUCAAGGGCAAGACCCCUGCUCAACUGGAGGCUCUCAAGGCCCAAAUUACAGCCAAGGUUCAUGGGAAUGAAGAAGGAGUUGAUGUUGCUUAUUGGGAGUCUCUCCUUUCUCAGCUGAAUGCAUUCAUGGCCCGUGCUCGACUCCGCGAACGUCAUCAGGCCAACUUGAAGAAGAAGCUGGAACUGAUGAAGGCAGAGCAAGGGGUAAAGGAGCACGAGUCAGACAAAGAUGAUGAGACUGCCAGAGGUCCUUUGUUCCCUAUUAAACAAGAGGGUGAAAUUGAUUUAGCCCCAGAUGUGGAUGUAAUCAGCAAGGCAAUAUCUGAGUAUGAGAGUGGUCGCUACAGCCCCAAGCUGCUGCAAAUGGAGGAUCUUGAGCCAGGGACCCUGGUCGUGACUGAAGAAGAUGACGAGAGGAAACUUGCCUUUGACCGUCAGCGAGUCCUGCAUACUGGAGACAAGAUUGUUAACGUGAUGACAGCAGAAGAGCAGGCACUGCAGAGGGAAGCCAGGAAGGGGAUGACAGAUGAUGAAGCUGUCUUCUCAGUUGAAGCUGAUGUGGACAGCCAGGCGUAUCUCUGGUCUGACAAAUAUCGACCUCGAAAGCCUCGUUACUUCAACAGGAAUAGGCCAGGUUUGGAGAUGAAGCAAGGAUUUGAACAAUUAGGUGCUUGGAGGAAGCACAGAGUGAUCAUGUCAGGUGUGGAAACUCUGUACAAAAACUUUGCUAUCCUUGCUGAUGCAAAGGACAAAAUACUGGAGCAUGAGGCAGAGUACAAGGAGAUUUUGCUCGCUGUGCAAGGUGGUCCCAAUGAAAAGCGUCUUGCAUCCCAGUUUAUUGCCCGCUUCUUCAAACACUUCCCGAAUCUGGCUGACCGGGCACUGAACGCACAUCUGGACCUGUGUGAAGAUGAUGAUGUGGCCAUCCGCAAACAGGCCAUCAAGGAUCUACCCAGUUUUUGCAAGGAUCAGCAGGGUUAUGUGAGCAAGAUUGCAGAUGUCCUUGGACAACUCCUUCAGUCAGAGGAGCCAACCGAGCUGGAUGCUGUGCAUAGUUCCCUUGUUGCCCUCCUCCACAUCCAUGCUCCUGAUGCUAUUCGGGGCAUGUUCACUCAGAUUCUGACCGAUGAUGAGGUGGUUCGAGGUCGAGCAUUGAAGUUCUUGAGUGAGAAGUUGAAAAGCCUUGGACCAGACAUCAUGAAUGCAGAAGCAGAGAAAGUCCUCCUUGAAAAAUGCAAGAAGCUCAUCAGUGACUGUACCCCAGAAGAAUUCCUCAUUAUCAUGACCAUCUUGGGGAACACUCGCGUAGCCAAAACAGUCAAAGGCCAGCAGGAGAUUGUGGAUGUGCUGGCAGCUCAGCUUGAAGAUGAGAAGUCAUUGGAGAUGACCGAUGUGGAUACUAUUGACCGCAUUGUCCAGUGCACAAAGCACGCAGUCCCUUUUUUCAACAAGUUUGUGCCAUCAAACAAAUUUCUUGAAUACUUUAUCAAACAGAUGGUUCCUUCAAUCCAAGACAUCCCUGAAGAAAAGAACAAAUAUCGCCUUGAAAUCUUGAAGCUGCUUGCUGAGAUGUCUCCUCAUGCCAAUGAAGUCUCAGUGGAAGACCUGGAAGUAGUGUAUUCAAAAAUGCUAGAAUAUAUGCCUCUACCACCAGAGAACUUCUCAGGUGAUCCAAAUGAAGAGGAGAAAAAUGGCCCCAUUCUUGAUUUCUCUUACAUCGAAUGCCUUCUCUAUACUUUCCACAAACUUGGUGCAAAGCACUCUGAGUUUCUUGAGAAUGACAGUGAGCGCACCAAGGACUUUCGUGCUCGUCUGCAAUACUUGGCACGUCGGCUUCAAUUGUACAUCACGAGACUCCGGGAAUCCCUUCGUGGGAAAUCUGGAAUUGAACUUAAGACAGAAGAGAACAAAGUCAAGUUGAUAGCUCUGAAGACAACAGCUAACAUAAACUCGCUGAUCAAGGAUCUCUUCCAUAUUCCACCUCACUAUAAAGUUGAGGUGAGUCUGUCAUGGGUCCCAUCCAAGAUGCAGAGUCCUAUAGUUGCAGGACGCAAGCAUAAACCUGUUACGUUUGAAGAGAAUGGAUCGGGCGUGUGGACAGAUUCCAGCAAGUGCGUAGGAUGUGGAAAGAUGAUUGCACGCUCCACCAUUAACCUCUUUGAAACCUUCCAAGGCCGACUGAAAGCCGUCUUUGGGUUCACUUUCAAGAAUCUCAAGAAGACAGAGCGGAAGAAGGCUGGCUUGGACUGGACUCUCUGUGAACUCUGUCAGAAGCAGCUGGAAGUGGCUGAGUUGUUAUUCUGGAAGGUUUUCCGCACAAAUAGCGUCGAGGCCGUAGUGUCUCAAGAUGGGGAAAGAGAGAGUGUGAGCUUCAGGCAGCUGGCCUUCACUGAGGAGGAUAUUGCUGAUGGUGAAUCCGAGAGCCAAGCCACCAGUGAGGAUGAACCGGGGACAGCUGGAUCACCAUCAAAGAAGCGAAAGCAGAACGACGGCGGAGUGCGUAUCAUUCGCACGGAUGAGAUGCUGCCGCCGUGUGAGCCAAGAGAAGACCACAUAUACCUCGUGCUCGACAGAGAGAACGAAGGCGAAGCGGGGCGGGGAAGCGGAGAGGAAGUGGAGCGGCUCACGCUGCCAUGCGACGGAGACACCUCCGAGUUCACCAGUCUGGUUCAAUGUAGAUACUGCCAGAGUUUCAUCCUGGAGAGUGAGACGGCGACAUUGGUGGAGCACGAAAAGAUCUGUGCGUCCCGUCGGGCCGGCGGCAGAGAAGACGUGACUCCUCAGGUGGAUCCUGAGGCCUUGCGCUGUAAGUUCUGCCCCAUGAUGGCCCACAACAGGGAUGAGCUGUCGAAGCACUACGUGACCGAACACGGAAGAAAGGACAGCGAUGGGAACGCGACGACGGGGAUUUUCCUCUGUGACUGGUGUUAUGCACCUUUCCAGACCAAGAAGGCUCGAAAGCGUCACAUGACGUCUCAGUGCGUGAAACGGAAGGGUCACGUGGAACAUACGAGCCGUAUCACCCAGGCCAAAUGCAAGUAUUGCGACUUGUACUUCCCGACGGGAAGAAGUCUUUUCAACCACACUUACCGGGCACACAAUCGAUACGAAUGAAUGGUUUUUCUGUGUUGUGGGAUGCAUAUAGAACCCAGUUUAUACCUGAAAGUCAAUAAAUGUUGUAUUAUAUAUGGACCGCC